AGUGAAUUUCGGUGGAGCCAACGCCUCCCAAAUAUCACUUUGUGGCGUACGGCCCUUCCGAACACCAAAAAGCACCGAGAGAAGCAGCAGCAGCCAGCAGUAGCUCCGUAGUUUUUGCUCCGCCCUCUUCGCAUGAAAAUGAUUGUUCUGGCUCGCGGCAAGGCGGGGAGGGACUUCGGCCAUUAUUGACGUUUGAGUGACAGACUCCGCCGCCGCCGCCGCCGGUCUGUGAAAAAUCGACGGCCAUUGAAGCCUGCUCAUAGGGAGGAGGGGUGUCGCUCUGACUGACAGAUAGUAAACACCUAGUACGGGUUCCGUUGAUUGAGCGAUUGAGCUAAAAACACGUGGGUUCCGAAAAUAAUAUCACGCGGCUUUUUUCCUCAUGCGAAACUGGAUCAUCUUACAUUCUGUGUUCUUACGUCAAGAUACGGUUGUAACACUACCUACAUGUGCGUGUUUUUUUUUUCUUUCGCAUUCAUUUUUGUGAUCACAAUUGUAUACGAUGCCCCACCUAAUCCCGGUAUAACGGCAGUGUAGUACGUACCUUCCUAUUUUUAUCGUUCUUAGUCAAAGUGAAAAAAUAAAUUAAUAUUAAAUAAUGACAGUGAUAAUCUUAGCGAAAGCGAGUUUCCGACCGGUUUGAAAACUUGAGUAUCGAGAGACCCAGAAGGUUGUCCAACAUGAUUUUUCACCUUUAAUAGCCGAGAGAUCGAGGUGAACCCUCGCUGUCAAAUAACUUGUGAAAGAAGAGUUUUCUUUUUUUUUUCGUUCGAUAUAUAGAAGCGCAUUAGGCCCCGGAGGACCUGGCUGACAAUGGCUAGUUUGAGAGUGGAACGAUAGGAUGCAAGAAGGUAGCACCGCAGUGGCGCUAGCAAUGGUCACCCCUGGCUACGAUCAGGACCCUGCAAGCGGGGUAGCUGACUAUACGACACAUCAAGACCAAGCUCAGUUUGAGGCAGACAAAAGGGCUGUCUAUAAACAUCCUCUAUUCCCGUUAUUAGCGUUACUCUUUGAAAGAUGCGAGCAAGCAACGCAAAGCUCGGACAAUUCAACAUCGGAAAGUUUCAACAUGGACAUUCAGGCGUUUGUCCAACAUCAAGAAAGAGACCGAAAACCAUUCCUAAUCAAUGACCCAGAGAUUGAUGGUCUGAUGAUCAAGGCCAUACAGGUGCUACGAAUUCAUCUUCUAGAAUUGGAAAAAGUUCAGGAACUCUGCAAAGACUUUUGCAACAGGUACAUAACGUGUCUAAAGGGCAAAAUGCAGAGCGAGAAUCUACUUCGCAGCGACUACAGUCAUCAGGGACACGAUAUGGGCCCUUCGAGUGGCAGCAACGGAAGCAGCCCUCUACAGGUGCUGUCAUCUACAGGCAAUGAUGUUGAGUCGGGAGCUAACGGACUCGGAGUGAGCGGGGGGGAUCCACUGUUGGAGAGUAGCGCGGGUAUUUUGGCGAUUCACGGAGAGAGGGGUAACGACCGUCCCUCUUCCACGCGAUCGUCAUCCGCCACUCAACACUCAAACAGAUCUAGCAGCCAAGACAACGAUGAUCCACCCUCGCCAUCAAUGGUCCAUGGUAGCACUCCCCUUUCACAGAUCGGGGCUCACCCUAAUGCAUCUGCAAAUGACAUGUAUCUCGGUCAAGAUAUUACUGUUGCAGGCUCCCCAUCUCCAGCACCGAGUGAAGACGAAGACGAAGGUUGUGGUACAACAACUUCCGGUCAUAGUGGCGGUCACAGUAGCGCUAGGAAGGGAAGACAAAAACGAGGAGUCCUCCCUAAACAAGCCACCAGUAUUAUGCGGUCUUGGCUUUUCCAACACUUGGUUCAUCCAUAUCCAACGGAAGAUGAAAAACGACAAAUUGCAAGCCAAACGAACCUAACGCUUCUUCAAGUUAAUAACUGGUUCAUUAAUGCCAGGCGACGAAUUUUACAACCGAUGUUAGAUGGUGCAGGAGCAGAGGCGAUACCUCGUGCUGGCAAGCGACAUAAAGUUGCUAAGCACGUCGCACAGCAACAGCAACCACAAAGCCAACAACAACAGUCAGGCUGGCAGUCGGAAGAUUCAGGGAGUGAUUCAGGUACCAGCGAUGGCGAAAUUGAUGUCGAUAGAACUAAGGAUGGCAAUGAUAGCGACGAAGACGAUCUUCACUGACCUCUGUCCACUAAAAGAAACGUCGGCUAUCCGCGGUACCUUCACACCCAGUUGCUCACUACAGUAUUAAGGCAUUUGACGUUAUAUUUUGCUUUAACUGUCCGAUACGUAAUCAUUCUCGCAAGUCGCGGACAUGUAGGUCAAGUAUAUCAAGCUCUUCUAUUAUCAUGAAUCUUAUAUCGCAUUUAUUUGUUAAUUGUUGAUAACUGUUUGUGACUACACACUUGUGAUCUUCGCACUUUACCUUUUUUUUUUUUUUUGCCCUGUUUAUUACGAGUUACCGACAAAUAUAACUGAAGUUUAACUUUUCGUCGUAAUAAAUAAAUAUAUAAUUGCUCAUUUGAUUUUAGUUUUUAUAAUUUGGUCAUUUGUAGCACUUUAUUCCUUCAUAACGGAGUGUGUAAUAUUGUGCCAUCGAAGAGCAUGGUAACUUGGUUACUUGUCGAGACAACCAGCUCUGCAUCGUCGUCACGUAGCAAAGUGCUGUCCCUCCAUGAUAAUAAUAAUAACUACUUAAAUUAAAAAUAUAUGAGUAUAUUUUUAAACUCUAAGUGUCGUCUCUGUGCAUGUACCACAGCUUGCGGGCUGGUACUGCUGUACAUAGUAAUACAUACUAAACUAAACCUAUUACUAAGUAAUAACGUUGAAACGAUAAAUAUUAACAGUACGUAACGAAAAAAAUUUUAAUAUUACGCUGCAUUAACGGAAGACAUACGACGUGACGACACGCACAUGCCACGCAUAGAUGAUAGCCAUACACUGUCUACAUAUGAUAAUGACCGUUGUAAAUCGAAUUACUUCUGAUACGUUUUUUAAUAUGAAUCAAAUUGCGAACAAAAAAUUAUGAUUUGUAUUAAUUCGACAUCGACAUAUUUGCACGUCAAUAAUCUUGAUUGUUACUACAUUUCUAUUCAAUUUCCCGAUCAAAUUAAUCUUACGAAGCAGUUGACAAUGGCAAUACAUCAGGAUAAUUUAUUCUAUGAGGUAUAUUUUGUGAUAAUUGUCAAGGUGCCACGUGUUGAAUUUCUUCCUCUAUGUAACGUUAUUAAAUGACGAAUAGAACUUAUGUUUACGACGUGCGAAAUAAAGGUGUUGAUGAACAUUUUCUUAAAUUUUAUACCUAUUAUACUAUAGAAUGAAAAAUAUAUAUAUAUGUAUACAUAAUAAAACCAGCUUGUAAAUGUACUUACAUAACUCGAACGCCAUCAUCAGUUGCAGACAGCAUGUAACAUGGUAUAGCUUGGUAUAAGGUUUACCGAAUAAUGUUGCAUUGAUGAAAAUUUACAUGCGUGCAAUAAUUAUGUCCCAAUUUAGAAAUCUGUUAAUUCGGAUCGUGCAGUAAAUCUCGUACAAGGCUAUAUUUAUAUCUUAUAUGAUCUUUGACAUUAAGAAAAAUAUUAGGAUAAGAGGUAGGUUUUAAGGCUGAACCACGUAUACGUAUGUGCUGCGGCACCAGACAACUGUGAUAGCUCGGUGGGCGGUGCCCAGCCUCCUACUUCAUACUUGUAUACUGAAUGAAUACUAAUGAAUAGUGAAUACUUGAAAUUAAGAAUUAUAUAUAUAUAUAGAUAUAUAUAAUAAUAUAAAUAUAAUAAUUAUAUAUAUAUAUAUGUAUAAAAUAUUAUAAAAUUAUAUAUAUAUAUAUAAAAUAUUAUAAAAUUAUAUAUAUAUAUAUAUAUAUAUAUAUGGUACAUAUGGUUCGGACAUAUGCAAAAAAAAAUUGAUCAAAUUUAUAUUUGAUUAUAUAAUAAUACGUGAUUGUCUCAUCCCACGACACAUAUUGCAUAGAAUAAAAAUUUCUAAAACAACCUGUAUUGUGUAUGUACGGACCUUCAGGCUGGACUUAUCAGGUUAUUCACACGCAACGCGUAAUUUUCACAUUGGAUUUUCACAGCACUUAUGAUCAAUCUAAGGAUGAUAUAUGACAUAACAAUUUUACAGAAUUCAUUUUAUUAUAAAUCACACAUAUGUACUGCCAAACUUGUUUUCUUAAUUUCACUUGUCUGUCAUUAUCUCCAUGUCUUGAGAGUGUUACAUGCGUUUCUAUUAUUACGGCAAAUAAUUGUAACAAUAACACUGCGUAGACAUUUAUGCGAGUGUGCAUAACUUUUUUUCGUUACAUGAAGUUAUUAUCAGCAGUCUUCUUUUUGUUUCAAGUUGUGUACAUUCUUGAACACUUAGUUUACUGGUUGCUCGCUCACUAUAAAUGUUAUCAAGUGAUAAAUUUUUGUUACAAAGAUAUGUAUCAUUCUCUAAUUGUUGAGAAAAGUGUUAUCUUGGGAAAAAUAGUUUCAAUUGUAGUUUUUUUUUCGGUAUGACAAUUCAAAUUACUUUCCAUAUUUUGAUGCGAAUCAGAUAAAUUUGAAACCACUCCCUGCUGAGUUGAAAAUGAAGAUUACAAUGUACACACAGGAAGUAAGAGUAAACAUAUAAUGCAUACAGUCAAAAAAAAUAUUGCAUACUGGUGAAAUCAAAAGAAUGAUUUUCUCUUUUCCUCUCUCUUUUUCUCUCGUGUACAUCUACGACCUAUUAAUUAAGUUUAUUGAUAAUAAAUGCCAUCACGCUUGCAAAAAUCCCCCAUAUUUUUUACAAUAUCAUCUUACAUCUUGUACAGUUAUAUUUACAUCUUAUAUCUACAAAAAGCUUGAUCAAUUAAAAUUAUUAUAUACCGAAAAGUGACUUGACAAAGAACAAAUAACUUUAUUUUCCUGAAAUUUUGAAGUUGCCUUCGAUUUUAUCCAUCGUGUUUGUUUAUGAUUGUGAAGGAAACUGGUGCAGUCCCCAAAAUGUGAAGGUAAAUAAUUUUCUAGUUAUAUGAAUCAUAAUAUUGAGUAUAAUAUUGUGAAAAUUUUGUUUACAUCAGGAAUACUGGUAUCCGACUCCUCCAUCUUUAUGACAAGCUAUGUUACUUGUUAUCACUUUCUGUGCUCCAAGUAUAUUACAUAUAGCUUCGUGUAAAUACUAGUAUCUGCAUAAUGAUCUUU